CCACCGCCCUCCUGAUUCAUCAACAUCACAAAUCUUAAUCUCAUCGAUCAUAUUCUACUAUUGCUAAUUCAUCCUCCAUGACUCUUCCUUUCCGGCGAUCCCAAUUUUCUUUCACCGGAGCCGUAAGAAUCGAUAUCUUCUUCCACCUGUAAACCCUAUAUACCACUUCAAAUUCUUUGGUAAGGCUGCAUCUCGUUUAUUUGCCUUUGUUUCUUCAAUCAAUCGGUUGUAAUUUAGUUUCCUACAUCAUUUGGUUCUCAUCUUCUGUAUCCCAGUUUUAGAAACUUGAUUAUCCGAAAAUCGAAACCCUAGGUUCGAGUUUACUUGUGUUAGGGUUUCGAAUUUCGAUCAUCCACUCUGUUUAUAAUUCUCGAAGGUGUAAAUAUAAGACCAAGAUGAGGCAAUUUUUCCAUCUUUCACGUCCCCGAUUUCGAGAAAUUAUAAAUGCUACAUUUACCCUAGUUUUAAUUGCCCUAAUUUACAACCAAUUUGAUUCAUUGAAGAAACUUCCAGUUCUCAAUGGUCAAUCGAGCUCAAGAGGUAGGUCUAUGAUUGAAUCGAUUGUAAACUCAUCAGCUCCAAUUGAUACUUUAACCAACUUCGAAAUCUGUGCUGGAUUGGCGGACCAUAGAGGUUAUUCUAGCAGCUGUGAGUUCUUAAAAGCGAAUCCACAUUGUUCAUCUGAUGGGCUUUUUGAUUACGUAAAGUUCUAUUAUUGUGAUUGCAAUGAGGGUGCAUUAGGUGCUAUAGUUUUGGUUAUUUGGCUUGUAGCAUUGUUCUAUCUUUUGGGUAACACGGCUGCCGAUUACUUCUGUUUUUCGUUGCAAAACCUUUCGGGUUUAUUGAAAUUAUCUCCAACUGUUGCUGGGGUUACUCUCCUUCCUCUUGGCAAUGGGGCCCCUGAUGUUUUUGCAAGUAUUGCUGCAUUUGUGGGAAAUGAUACGGGUGAGGUUGGUCUUAAUAGCGUUUUGGGCGGUGCAGUCUUUGUUACUUGUGUUGUUGUUGGAAUCAUAUCAAUUUGUGUAGCUGAUCAGGGAGUUCAAAUCGAUAAAAAAUGCUUUCUUAGAGACAUUGGGUUCUUUCUUGCCACAUUAAUGUUUCUUUUGUUGAUUCUUAUCGUGGGUAAGCUGAGUUUUGGGGCUGCGGUUGCAUUUGUGUCGAUAUAUGUGUUAUAUGCGGUUUUUGUUGCUAGUAAUGAGAUCCUUAAGAAACAUGUUCAGAGGUUAAAGUUGGACUCUGUAACUCCAUUGCUUCCACUUAGAGUGAGUAUAUUUUCUCAAGAAGAUGAUUCCAUCCAAAGCUCUUUGCUUGAUGUUGAAACUGAAGCCGAUGGUUCUCAAUCGCGAAAUUCUUUACCCGAAUGGAUGUGGGCUUCAAAUGUUGCAAUCUAUUCGAAUCAAGCAAUGAAGUUUCAAGAACACGAAAGACAUUUAUGGGGAUGGCAUGAUGAGGGGAUCGAGAUUGAUCAGCCAUGGUUCUCCUUUUCUAAUUUAUGCUCGUGUCUGGUAUUCCCUUUAACCGUUCCAAGAUUGUUGACCAUUCCGUUAGUCGAAGAGGAAACAUGGUCAAAACCAUAUGCUGUAGCAAGUGCUUCAUUGGCUCCGCUUCUUCUUGCAUUCAUAUGGAACACCCAAGAUGAUUUGGGUUCAGAAAUCAGGAUCAUUGUGUACGUUCUUGGUGGUUUAAUUGGUUCAACCCUUGGCAUUCUUGCGUAUCUUUACACUAGAUCAGAUCAUCCACCUCGUAGAUUCUUAUUUCCGUGGGUUUUAGGGGGUUUUCUUAUGAGUAUCGUUUGGUUCUACAUGAUUGCAAAUGAGCUUGUAGCCUUGUUGGUAGGAUUCGGUGUGUUUCUAAAGGUGAAUCCCUCAAUUCUUGCACUAACAGUAUUGGCUUGGGGGAACUCCAUGGGUGAUUUGGUGUCAAAUGUUGCAUUGGCUCUUGAUGGUGGGGACGGCAUCCAGAUUGCUGUAUCCGGAUGCUACGCGAGUCCCAUGUUCAAUACGCUCGUGGGUUUGGGAGUUUCUUUGUUAGUUGGAGCGUGGUCAGAAAAACCCGCGUCUUAUCAUGUUCCUCAAGACACCAGUAUUUACUACACCAUGGGGUUUCUGAUCGUUGGGCUCAUGUGGGCUCUUGUUGUUCUUUUGAGAAACGAUAUGCGGCCUAAUAGGACGAUGGGUGUAGGGCUCGUUGCGCUUUAUUUGGUUUUCCUUUCUGUAAGGUUAAGUGGUGCAAUGGGGAUCAUAUCACUGGCUGGUUUACGGGAAUUAUAGAGAUUGUAGUUCAUGUGGAAGUUUUAUUGGCGAGGUUUGAGCGUGAACCGUUAACGAGCACGCGGGAUGGAGUUACCGGUGAUUGCAUAUUUGUGAAUGUAAAUUGUAGUUUAGAGGGCUUAAUGACAAUGACAAUGAAAAUGAUGAAUUAGAAGGCCCUUGAGCCUUUUCUUGGGAUAUAAUUUGGGUGGUUAUGUUUGUUAUUU